AUGUCCCCACCAGCAGUAGUUCUCGAUAGUGCUCUCGGUGCAGUCGGCAACACGCCACUCAUCCGUCUCGACCGCCUCGCCCACCAUGAAGGGCUCAAGUGCAAUCUCCUCGGCAAGCUCGAAUACACGUCCGCCGGCGGUUCUGUCAAGGAUCGCAUUGCGAAACGAAUGGUUGAGGCAGCCGAGGCAGAGGGCAAACUUGUCCCCGGAAAGAGUGUCGUUAUCGAACCUACAUCGGGCAAUACUGGUAUAGGACUUGCCAUGGCGUGCGCUAUCAAGGGGUAUGCAGUGAUUAUCGUCAUGCCACAGAAGAUGUCACUGGAGAAGGAGGCCGCAUUGCGUGCUUUGGGUGCCGAAGUCGUUCGCACACCGACGGAAGCCGCCUGGGAUUCGCCGGAGAGCCACAUAGGUGUUGCCGCGCGCCUCCAACGUGAGAUACCGGGAGGUAUCAUCCUUGACCAGUAUCGCAAUGUGAACAAUCCUCUGGCGCACGAAUUCUCGACUGGACCAGAGAUCAUCGAAGCAGUUGUUAACACCCCUUCAACGCCGGAGCACCCUUCGAGCGGCAAAGUCGACGUUCUUUUCGCGGGUGCUGGGACCGGCGGUACAGUGUCCGGCAUUGCGAAGGCAAUCAAGAAGGCGCAUAAUCCAGACUGCAUCGUCGUUGGUGUUGACCCGGUUGGCUCCAUACUUGCACUCCCGUCUUCGCUCAAUGGCACGGGCCCGUGGGAAUCAUACAUCGUCGAAGGUAUCGGCUAUGACUUCGUUCCGGAGGUACUGUCGCGCGAGCCAGGCUUGAUCAACCACUGGGUCAAGACGAACGACAAAGACGCCUUUGCAGCUGUUCGCGAGCUCAUGCGUCGCGAAGGCACACUGGUUGGCGGUAGCAGCGGGUCAUCAUUGGCCGGUGCGCUGGCAUGGCUUCGCUCGGAUGCUGGAAAGGAAGUAGCGCAGACGGAAGGGAAGAACGUUGUAGUCCUCUUGCCUGACGGUAUUCGUAACUACAUCGGCAAGGAUUGGUUCCUCAAGAUGGCUUUGGAGGCAGAACCGACACCGCUCGCCCAGAUUAUCAAGAGCGUACUCGCUAGGCCGACUGGUCAAGACCAACACGCGAAUGGCUUGAAAGCAGAUGGUACUAAGCGGGCCACGAAUGGGGACCCCUGCAACGAUCUCGAUGCAUACACGUUUCUCCUACCUGGCCUACUGGCAGGCGUCGGGACUGGCAAAAUAUCCGGGUUUGGCGCCCAUCGCAAUGCCAUCUCAUUGCCGCUCAGGUCAGCUAUGGAAUGCAGUCGCAGCCGCGCCAUACCCGUGAACGCUAUCAACAAUGCCAUUGCAUGCGGCGACACAUUCUCACCUCCGCGUAUUCGAGCGACACACGGAGGGCAUCGUGCAAGCGGGGCUUCCCAAGUUGUUCAAUGCACAGUAUCAUCGUAUGCCUACUACGUUUGA